UGGGUUCGGUCCGCGGAGGUUCGGGUUCCGGUGUCCACGCGCGUGGAUUCUGCGCGCUCGCUCCCGGGCAGGCCCGGGCUUGUCGCCGGCGCCACUUCCUGCAUUUGCAAUUCCCCUGCCUCCGUCCCCGAGGGAGCUACGAUGGCCCACCAGCUCCGAGCAGAUCAUGAAGACGGGGGCCGUUUUGCUUCAGGGUUUCAUCCAGGACCGGGCCGGGAGGAUGGCUGGGGAGUCACCCGAGCUGAACCUGGAGCAGGCACCCCAGGAUGCGUCCACCAAGAAGUUAAGCGAGUGCCUCAAGCGGAUCGGAGAUGAGCUGGACAGCAAUAUGGAGCUGCAAAGGAUGAUUGCAGACGUGGACACAAAUUCACCCCGAGAGGUCUUCUUCCGAGUGGCAGCUGAAAUGUUUGCUGAUGGCAACUUCAACUGGGGUCGGGUUGUUGCCCUCUUCUACUUUGCCAGCAAACUGGUGCUCAAGGCCCUGUGCACCAAGGUACCUGAGCUGAUCAGAACCAUUAUGGGCUGGACGCUGGACUUUCUCCGGGAACGGCUGCUGGUCUGGAUCCAAGACCAGGGUGGCUGGGGUCUGACCUGGAAAUUGCUAUGUAGAACUUCUCAUCCUCCUGGUUCCACCUCCCUUUUGCUGGGAUUGCAGGAUGGACUCCUCUCCUACUUUGGGACUCCCACGUGGCAGACAGUGACCAUCUUUGUGGCUGGAGUCCUCACUGCCUCACUCACUAUCUGGAAGAAGAUGGGCUGAGGCUGCCGGCUGCCUUGGACUGUGUUUUUUCUGCAUAAAUUAUGGCAUUUUUCUGGGAUGAAUGGGGAUGGGGGAUGGGCAUUUUUAUUACUUUU